GGCUUCUGGCGCAGCCGCAGUGGAAGCUAUUAUCAGCCGGUGGAGGUCAGAGAGAAGAGAAACUUCGAUCCGUAAAAAUGUCUGUUGCUACCUUUACGUCCUUGAGCCGCUGCAGUGUUUUGGCUUUCCGCCCUCCUGCCGGACUGCUGGCAGUGCGGUACGCCCAGACAGCUGCAGCUGCAGCUGUUCAGCCCAGAAUAAAGAAGUUCCAGGUGUACAGAUGGGAUCCAGACACACCUGGAGACAAACCCCGCAUGCAGACGUAUGAGAUCGACCUCAACACUUGCGGGCCGAUGGUCCUUGACGCCCUCAUCAAGAUAAAAAAUGAGAUGGAUUCGACUCUGACCUUCCGCCGUUCAUGUAGAGAAGGUAUUUGUGGAUCCUGUGCGAUGAACAUAAAUGGAGGCAACACACUCGCCUGUCUCAACAAGAUUGACUCCAACCUCAGCAAGCCCACCAAGAUUUACCCACUUCCACACAUGUAUGUGGUCAAGGACCUGGUCCCUGACAUGAGCAACUUCUACGCCCAGUACAAGUCCAUCGAGCCGUACCUGAAGAAGAGGGACGACUCGAAGGAGGGGAAGGAGCAGUACCUGCAGUCUGUGGAGGACCGACAGAAGCUGGACGGCCUGUACGAAUGCAUCCUGUGCGCCUGCUGCAGUACCAGCUGCCCCAGCUACUGGUGGAACGCAGACAAAUACCUCGGGCCGGCUGUCCUUAUGCAGGCGUACCGCUGGAUGAUCGAUUCACGGGACGAGUUCACAGAGGAGCGUCUGUCCAAGCUGCAGGAUCCGUUCUCCCUCUACCGCUGCCACACCAUCAUGAACUGCACCAGGACCUGCCCAAAGGGCCUGAACCCAGGAAAAGCCAUCGCUGAGAUCAAGAAGAUGAUGGCCACAUACAAGGAGAAGAAAGCAGCAGCUGUUUGAAACCCCUGCUCCCGUUUUCUACAACUCGAUUGAUAAAUUAUUGAUUACAGAAUGCUCUUUGAGGUCUGACGGGCCUGAACACCAGUCAUCUCAAACACCACAUGAUGUUUCUGUCCUGGAAAUGUGUGUGUGCGUGUGGCUGGAGGACUUGGUGUUACACAAACGCACAAGUACAGUAUGAAUGCUGGAAAGAGUGUGUGUCUGAGUCUUAGCAGAUGAUUUUAUCUCCAACUCUACUGUGUGGAUGUUUGUGUACGCGGGAAAUACUUUGCUUCACAUUAAAGUGGGAAAACCAGUGUGUUUUCUUAUGUUUAGCCAAACUCCUUAGUUUUCUCCUUCUAUAUUUUGCACUUGUAUGAAGACAAACAGUACAUAAGUUCCCUCCUUGCCUACAGCUCUUUGUUUUUUGAUGGAAAAUAAAUACUAUAAGUGGUA